AUGGUUGACAGUGCAAGCUCAGAGUCAAGCUCAGUCCAUGUUGGCCCUUGCUCUGGAGCGCAGACGAUGCCGCCGAAACGGGUAGUGCACGCGCCCACGACACUGCCAGGCGCACGAGGGGUCGGGAUCCUGAUUCGAUUUGGGUUUAAAUCUUCGUCCGCGUCCUCUCUUUCCGGUAGCAGCCGGUUGUCGCCCGAGAGUGACACGGACGUCGCCAGAAGCCCGGAAACUGGUUUCACAAGCCCCAAACUAGGAUCAAUCAGCCCGGAAAACGACAUUGACAUAAGCCCGGAAACGUCGCGAGAGGACAAGAAGAAGAAAAAGCUCGUGCGCACGUGCUAUACAAAUGAACAGAUUCAGACACUACUUAAGAUGUUCCACGAUAAUCCUUAUCCCGACUCAGAAGAGAUGGAAGAUAUUCCGCAAACGUUUGGGGUCCCUGAUAAUAAAAUAAAGAUUUGGUUCCAGAAUAAGCGUGCCCGUUGGAGGCGCCGCGUCAACGAAUCUGUGAACAGCUACCCUACCGGCUACAUGCCAAUGACGCCCGCGAUUUCGUCCGUCAGUCCGUUCAGCUACAUGACUUCCGGCCAUAUGAUGGCCGCCUCCUCACCGCAACAUAUGACCGGUGGCUACUUUAAUCCCUGGAUGCAGACGAACUCCAUCAGUUCAAACAAUAACAGCAGCACCCAACAUCCGGUGAACCCAACCCAGUCGCAACUUUCGCCCAUGUCACCAUCUCUGUCGAAUCAGAGAUACCCAUCCAUUACCAUGACAUCUGGCAAUGUUUCUUCAUUCUCGUCUGCUCCGAUUCCCUACUCAAUAAGGACUUCACCGCAACAAAUCAUACAGUCUACAAGGGACCACACGGAGCAGCAGAGCUAUGGCGGCGGCAUUUCCGCUCUGAACGAGUUGUUUCCCCUGAAGUCGUCCGUCAUCGUGCCAGUACAUUCAGCCGCCAGGACACCGGAUACAGAUAUCCUACCGCUCAAAUCCAUGAGCGUCUCUCCGGUCCUGCCUGGAACCGGACUUUUCACGCACAAUGUCACUCGUAUGCUCAGUCAGACAGAUGAGCCGGGACGCCGCGAGGAACAGGUCCCAAGCAAGGCCACAUAUUCAUCAAGAUUUACCCCGUACAGCACACCCCGCUGUCUGUCUAACAGACAAACAUUUUCCCUAGGCAGUGAACAGUUGCGAACCGUGGAUGCCGCAAUUAUGGACUCUUCAAUGACUUCGCAGGGAUCCAUCUCCCCUCACUCGUCCUUAUCUUCGUCCACGUCCUCUCUUUCCGGUAGCAGCCGAUCGUCGCCCGAGAGUGACACCGACGUCGCCAGAAGCCCGGAAACAUGUUUCACCAGCACCAAACUAGGAUCAAGCAGCCCGGAAAACGACCGUGACAUAAGCCCGGAAACGUCGCGAGAGGACAGGAAGAAGAAAAGGCUCGUGCGUACGUGCUAUACAAAUGAACAGAUUCAGACACUGCUUAAGAUGUUCCACGAUAAUCCUUAUCCCGACUCAGAACAGAUGGAGGAUAUUGCGCAAAAGUUUGGGGUUCCUGAUAAUAAGAUAAAGAUUUGGUUCCAGAAUAAGCGUGCCCGUUGGAGGCGCCGCGUCAACGAAUCGGUGAACAGCUACCCUACCGGCUACAUGCCAAUGACGCCCUCGAUGUCUUCUGUCAUUCCGUUUAGCUACAUGACUUCCGGCCAUAUGAUGGCCGCCUCCUCACCGCAGCAUGUGACCGCCGGCUACUUUAAUCCCUGGGUGCAGACGAACUCCAUCAGUUCAAACAAUAACAGCAGCACCCAACAUCCGGUGAACCCCGCCCAGUCGCGACUUUUGCCCAUGUCACCAACUCUGUCGAAUCAGAGAUACCCAUCCAUUACCAUGACAUCUGGCAAUGUUUCUUCAUUCUCGUCUGCUCCGAUUCCCUACUCAAUAAGGACUUCACCGCAACAAAUCCUACAGUCUACAAGGGAGCACACGGAGCAGCAGAGCUAUGGCGGCGGCAUUUCCGCUCUGAACGAGUUGUUUCCCCUAAAGUCGUCCGUCAUCGUGCCGGUACAUUCAGCCGCCAGGACACCGGAUACAGAUAUCCUACCACUCAAAUCCAUGAGCGUCUCUCCAGUCCUGCUCGGAACCGGACUUUUCACGCACAAUGUCACUCGUAUGCUCAGUCAGACAGAUGAGCCGGGACGCCGCGAGGAACAGGUCCCAAGCAAUGCCACAUAUUCAUCAAGAUUUACCCCGUACAGCACACCCCGCUGCCUGUCUAACAGACAAACAUUUUCCCAACAUAACACGGACACACUCGAUGAUGACAACCUGGAAGGCAGUGGACAGUUGCGAACCGUGGAUGCCGCAAUUAUGGACUCUUCAAUGACUUCGCAGGGAUCCAUCUCUCCUCACUCGUCCUCAUCUUCGUCCUCUCUUUCCGGUAGCAGCCGAUCGUCGCCCGAGAGUGACACCGACGUCGCCAGAAGCCCGGAAACAGGUUUCACCAGCCCCAAACUAGGAUCAAGCAGCCCGGAAAACGACCGUGACAAAAGCCCGGAAACGUCGCGAGGAGACAAGAAGAAGAAAAAGCUCGUGCGUACGUGCUAUACAAAUGAACAGAUUCAGACACUACUUAAGAUGUUCCACGAUAAUCCUUAUCCCGACUCAGAACAGAUGGAGGAUAUUGCGCAAAAGUUUGGGGUUCCUGAUAAUAAGAUAAAGAUUUGGUUCCAGAAUAAGCGUGCCCGUUGGAGGCGCCGCGUCAACGAAUCUGUGAACAGCUACCCUACCGGCUACAUGCCAAUGACGCCCGCGAUGUCGUCCGUCAUUCCAUUCAGUUACAUGACUUCCGGCCAAAUGAUGGCCGCCUCCUCCCCGCAGCAUGUGACGGCCGGCUACUUCAGUCCCUGGAUGCAGAACAACGCCAUCAACCCGAACAUUAACAGCAGCGCCCAAAUUCCGGUGAACCUCGCCGAGUCGCGACUUUCGCCCAUGUCAACUUCCCUGUCGAAUCAGAGAUGCCCAUCUGUUACCAUGACACCUGGCAAUGUUUCUUCAUUCUCUUCUGCUUCGACGCCCUACUCAAUAAGGACUUCACCGCAAAGAGUGAUGACGUCACAGUUUCCGUCGGUUACGAUUUCACCAAAUAACAAUUCAUGCUUCUCUUCUGCUUCAUUGGCAUAUCCCCGAUCCUCACAGAAAAUAGAAAUGACGCCACAAGUCAAUCCGUUCUACCAGUAUUACGGACAAUGUGCUUCCGGCUACAGUGGUUAUACAAAUCCCAGAGCAAUCCUACAGUCUACAAGGGAGCACACGGAGCAGCAGAGCUAUGGCGGCGGCAUUUCCGCUCUGAACGAGUUGUUUCCCCUAAAGUCGUCCGUCAUCGUGCCGGUACAUUCAGCCGCCAGGACACCGGAUACAGAUAUCCUACCGCUCAAAUCCAUGAGCGUCUCUCCAGUCCUGCUCGGAACCGGACUUUUCACCCACAAUAUCACUCGUAUGCUCAGUCAGACAGAUGAGCCGGGACGCCGCGAGGAACAGGUCCCAAGCAAUGCCACAUAUUCAUCAAGAUUUACCCCGUACAGCACACCCCGCUGCCUGUCUAACAGACAAACAUUUUCCCAACAUAACACGGACACACUCGAUGAUGACAACCUGGAAGGCAGUGGACAGUUGCGAACCGUGGAUGCCGCAAUUAUGGACUCUUCAAUGACUUCGCAGGGAUCCAUCUCUCCUCACUCGUCCUCAUCUUCGUCCUCUCUUUCCGGUAGCAGCCGAUCGUCGCCCGAGAGUGACACCGACGUCACCAGAAGCCCGGAAACAGGUUUCACCAGCCCCAAACUAGGAUCAAGCAGCCCGGAAAACGACAUUGACAAAAGCCCGGAAACGUCGCGAGAAGACAAGAAGAAGAAAAAGCUCGUGCGUACGUGCUAUACAAAUGAACAGAUUCAGACACUACUUAAGAUGUUCCACGAUAAUCCUUAUCCCGACUCAGAACAGAUGGAGGAUAUUGCGCAAAAGUUUGGGGUUCCUGAUAAUAAGAUAAAGUUUUGGUUCCAGAAUAAGCGUGCCCGUUGGAGGCGCCGCGUCAACGAAUCUGUGAACAGCUACCCUACCGGCUACAUGCCAAUGACGCCCGCGAUGUCGUCCGUCAUUCCAUUCAGUUACAUGACUUCCGGCCAUAUGAUGGCCGCCUCCUCCCCGCAGCAUGUGACGGCCGGCUACUUCAGUCCCUGGAUGCAGAACAACGCCAUCAACCCGAACAUUAACAGCAGCGCCCAAAUUCCGGUGAACCCCGCCGAGUCGCGACUUUCGCCCAUGUCAACUUCCCUGUCGAAUCAGAGAUGCCCAUCUGUUACCAUGACACCUGGCAUUGUCUCUUCAUUCUCGUCUACUUCGACGCCCUACUCAAUAAGGACUUCACCGCAACAAGUGAUGACGUCACAGUUUCCGUCGAUCCUACAGUCAACAAUGGACCACACGGAGCAGCAGAGCUAUGGCGGCGGCAUUUCCGCUCUGAACGAGUUGUUUCCCCUAAAGUCGUCCGUCAUCGUGCCGGUACAUUCAGCCGCCAGGACACCGGAUACAGAUAUCCUACCGCUCAAAUCCAUGAGCGUCUCUCCGGUCCUGCCUGGAACAGGACUUUUCACGCACAAUGUCACUCGUAUGCUCAGUCAGACAGAUGAGCCGGGACACCACGAGGAACAGGUCCCAAGCAAGGCCACAUAUUCAUCAAGAUUUACCCCGUACAGCACACCCCGCUGUCUGUCUAACAGACAAACAUUUUCCCAACAAAACACGGACAAACUCGAUGAUGACAAUCUGGAAGGCAGUGAACAGUUGCGAACCGUGGAUGCCGCAAUUAUGGACUCUUCAAUGACUUCGCAGGGAUCCAUCUCCCCUCAUUCGUCCUCAUCUUCGUCCACGUCCUCUCUUUCCGGUAGCAGCCAGUCGUCGCCUGAGAGUGACACCGACGUCACCAGAAGCUCGGAAACAUGUUUCACCAGCCCCAAACUAGGAUCAAGCAGCCCGGAAAACGACCGUGACAUAAGCCCGGAAACGUCGCGAGAGGACAGGAAGAAGAAAAAGCUCGUGCGUACGUGCUAUACAAAUGAACAGAUUCAGACACUACUUAAGAUGUUCCACGAUAAUCCUUAUCCCGACUCAGAACAGAUGGAGGAUAUUGCGCAAAAGUUUGGGGUCCCUGAUAAUAAGAUAAAGAUUUGGUUCCAGAAUAAGCGUGCCCGUUGGAGGCGCCGCGUCAACGAAUCUGUGAACAGCUACCCUACCGGCUACAUGCCAAUGACGCCCGCGAUGUCGUCCGUCAGUCCGUUCAGCUACAUGACGUCCGGCCAUAUGGUGGCCGCCUCCUCACCGCAGCAUGUGACCGCCGGCUACUUUAAUCCCAGGAUGCAGACGAACUCCAUCAAAUCAAACAUUAACUGCAACAUCCAACAUCCGGUGAACCCCGCCCAGUCGCGACUUUCGCCCAUGUCACCAUCUCUGUCGAAUCAGAGAUACCCAUCCGUUACCAUGACAUCUGGCAAUGUUUCUUCAUUAUCGUCUGCUCCGACGCCCUACUCAAUAAGAACUUCACCGCAACAAGUGAUGACGUCACAGUUUCCGUCGGUCACGAUUUCACCAAAUAACAAUUCAUACUUGUCCUCUGCUCCAUUGGCAUAUCCCCGAUCGUCAUCGCAAAAAGAAAUGACGUCACAAGUCAAUCCGUUCUACCAGUAUUACAGACAAUGUGCUUCGGGCUACAGUGGCUAUACAAAUCCCAGAGCAGUGAAUUAA